AUGCAUCGGGAUCGAUACGAAAACACGAGAAGGCACCGUGACCAACAUCAUAGAGCCAACACGGGACAUAACCAUGGAAGAGACCGCUACGAGAACAUCAGGAAUGACCACAGAGCCCAUCGCAACAAGCACAUCAGAGGAACCCAUGUGCAAAGUCGCGUCCACGACAGGAGAGGAUACUAUGAGCAGCCACAAUAUCAGCUGGACUCGAACUCUCAGCAACAGACUGCAGAAUGCUGUACAGAACUCGGCUCCUCGAACAUGUCAAGCACUAAACGCAUCAUUCUGCUGUGCUUUAUCUACCUCGGCCUGCUCACGGCGGUCGCCUUCCAAGCCUGCAUCCUCACCUACCAGAUCAGUGCCGUGACAAAGACAGCGUCCCAAACGGAUGACACCACGCCAGAAUUCUCACUUUACAAGAACAGUUUGUUUGAAAGCUGCUCGGCCAACACUACGGCCAAGGUUGACUGUGCCCUCAUUGAGGUCGACCUCACCAAAGACUCCCUCACAUGGCCGUGGGUUGAGGACCACCGCAUGGUGAAGCAAGACAACUACUUCAUGUCCAGGACCGACUACCAAGUGUGGUCCGACCCGGAAGAUGGACCACAAGUUGCGACCAAAUACACAUGGUGUGAGCUGGCAAGCUGCCUCGAAGGAUUCAAGGUCAUCCCAUCGACCCCGAGGGACAGUGCUUAUGGGUUCACGGCGAUGAAGGCCUGGUCCUACCUCACCAUGACUGCAAUUUAUGUUCUAUGGGACAUACGGAAGAUACUGGUCCGCCCCGAAAAGUGCAAGGGGACAGGCACCAUGAGCUGGCUCGAGUUGAUCCUUCCCAUCGCCUUUAUCGGCUGGUGGUGGUGGGGCCUGGGUACUCUGGCGAGCGACCCAGACGGCGCCGAGCCCGUAUCGCUGGACGAAUGGAUCGUGACGUGGAACCUGGUCGCCUCGUUGGACUUCCAUCCCUGGCGCUGCUCUCACCCCGAGUCCAACGUCCGGAAGACCAUAAAGUAUGUCCUCCAUUUUGUGCUGUUUGCCCAGUGGUGCGCUACCAUCCAUGCUUUCCGAUUGCAGGAUCGAGAAGUCUUUCAGCGGUACGACUGUCUCCCGUCCGCGAUAGACACCGCCCCGGGCGUCUCGUCGUGCUCGGCGGAGGAGUUUUGCUCUAAGACAUGGCUGUUCAGCAACCCGGACAUGCUCAGUAACGACGACGAGACGGCUCUCAAGUUCUAUAGGAUACCUGCAAUUAUGGCCCUUGCCACCUACCCCUUGUCCCUCAUCUGGCUCGCAUCGAAACAUCUCUUGGGGAAGUCGUACUGGACCCCUCAGAAGCUGCGGGAGUGGUUCGGGGAGAGUGGUGUAGAUAGGAUGUCGUCCAUGAUUCGACUCGGUUCAGCUCUGCUAUUUGGGUACUUUGGAAUAUGCUACGCCAUCCCUAUCUUCACAUCCCCAAACCUCAGCUUCGACUUCGACGCUCUUGGGGGCCCGGCCACGCUUGCAUAUGAUUUGGGCUGCAGGGCUGUGCAUGUCGGUGUUAGUCCGAGGAUCUACUACCUCGACGUCGAAUAUGGGCGUGCUUUGAGGAUCGCGAGGAUGUGGUUCAAUGCAUGA